AUGCAUAAUCAACUUAAAUUAGCAGACAACCCUGCAAGCGACGUAGAUGCAACCUCUCCAACCUCGGAGCAGCAACCAUCAGAACCAUCAAAUAAUUCGACAUCUACUUCGUCACCCUCACCAACACAAUCAAUAGAAUCAACUCUGCCAGGCGUCAAACUACAAAAAACAUCGACACAAUGGUCAGAAGCAAACGCCUACUUCCAACUGCAACAACAUACACUGCCAAGCUACCACGACAUUGACGCAUUUGCAUAUACAUUUCAAAAAAUGAUUUACGACUACUUUGCCUUAAAUUAUGGCACCAUCAAACCUCAAACGAUCAACAACAACAACAAAAGUUCUAACAAAUCUAUUAAAAAAUUAAAAAAUAAAUUGAAGCAACUAAAAUUAUUGGGCCGCAACAACCAGGGCUUUGACAAUCUUAUCAGAUCAACAAGUAAAGAACUGCGAGCCAAACUGUUAUCAACAAAAAUAUCAAAAUCUGGUAAAUCAUGUGGUAACAUCACGUCUCAACUGAAACGACGAUUCUGGUGGACAUGCAAAAGAAUAUUUGCCCAGACAGAAAAUUUGAAACCGUUGUUCAACAAAAAAUGCCAACUACCAAACUGGACUCAACAGCUACAAAGACCAUCAACACUCUGCAACACAAGCCCUCCAUCAUACCAUGAAAUAUCUACAAUAGUUCGCAAGAAUGCACUAGAAACUCCAGAGAAAUCUGACAAAAAUUUGGAACUGUCGCCACCACCACAACGCGAACAAGCAUUCCCUGAAAGGUUGGACAGCAACAUCAUGGAAACUCCUCUCAUUGGAAUAAAAAUACCUAAGACCCUAAAACAUUGGACGGAAGCAAAUACAUACUUCCAACUCCACAGAACGUCCUUACCAAAUGUAUCCGACAUCAACAAUUUCACCACAUCAUUCCAAUCACUGAUCUACAAUUAUUUUGCAUCCAACUACGGCACGGUAAAGCAACAAAAAUUAUCGACAACACAACACCCCAAUAAAACAGUCAAAAACAUGAAGAAGGACCUAAAGCAGUUAAAAUUACUUGGCCGCAACGACCACAGUUUCGACAUGAAAAUCAGCACAAUAAGCAAACAAAUAAGAACAGAACUGUUAUCAAUGAAAAAUGCAAAAACUGAGAAACAUGUCGACAUAACAAAACAACUGAAAGUAAAAUUCUGGUCAACAUGCAAAAAAUUGUUCAACCCAUCAAACAGCUUAACCCCAUCAUUCAGCAUCGACGACUGCAAGAAAUAUUUUUACAACAUACUCCACGAUCCAUUUCACAAUAAGUUUCACCUUCCGAACUGGGUUCCAACAUUGCAACAACCAACAAUUCCAUGCAACAUCGACCCCCCAACAUACCACGAAAUAGCAACAGUCAUUAGAAAAUGCAAACUUAGAGCAUCCCCCUGUCUUUAUAAUUCUUUCAAUUUAUCUCAAACUAAAAUAAACUGGCGUGACGAUUUUAGAUCUAGCUUAAUCAAUUCUGCGAUAGCAUCCACUUACGCAAUAUAUUGUCACAGAAAUAAAGCUUGA